CUGUAAAACUGUUCCGCAGUCGCGCGCGGGGCAGCCGAGCACCCUCGGAGCGCCUCGGGUAGCGCGAAUCUCAGGGAGGAAGGGGCUGUUAAGAGAGGGGGCGCCCGCUAGUGCGCAGGCGCCUCAGGAAGAGCUUGGUCUGGCUCCUGCGACUUCAGGUCUCCGUCGCUCCCAAGACCCAGGAGCGCCGGGUUCCGCGCGCGCCGGGUUCCGCGUGCUGCAGGGAAGCGGCGGUAGCGGGAACCCUGACUGCCCUCCUUCAGCAUGUUCACUAUGAAGUUAUUGCUGAUAUUUUUGUUUUCUGGACUUAUAACUGGUUGUAGAGUGAACUCUUCCUGUACUUUGCCACCCAAGUUACUACUGGUAUCCUUUGAUGGCUUCAGAGCUGACUAUCUACACAACUAUGAAUUUCCUCAUCUCCAGAAUUUUAUCAAAGAAGGUGUCUUGGUAGAGCAGGUUAAAAAUGUCUUUAUCACAAAAACAUUUCCAAACCACUACAGCAUUGUGACAGGCCUGUAUGAAGAAAGCCAUGGCAUUGUGGCUAAUUCCAUGUAUGAUGUCAUCACAAAGAAACAUUUUUCUGACAUUAAUGACAAGGAUCCUUUUUGGUGGAAUGAGGCAGUCCCUAUUUGGGUGACCAAUCAGCUUCAGGAAAACAGAUCAAGUGCUGCUGCUAUGUGGCCUGGUACCGACGUGCCCAUUCACAAUACCACACCUUCCUAUUUCAUGAAUUACAGCCCCUCAGUGUCAUUUGAGGAGAGACUCAGUAAUGUCUCCACGUGGCUGAGCAAUUCGAACCCACCUGUCACCUUUGCAGCACUCUAUUGGGAAGAGCCAGACGCAAGUGGCCACAAAUAUGGCCCUGAAGAUAAAGAAAACAUGCGCCGAGUGUUGAAAGAAAUAGAUGACCAUAUCGGUGAGCUAGUUCACAAACUCAAGGUGUUAGGACUCUGGGAAGACCUUAAUGUGAUCAUUACAAGUGAUCAUGGGAUGACCCAGUGUUCUAAGGACAAGCUGAUAAACUUGGAUCUCUGCAUCGACCCCUCAGACUACACUCUUAUAGACUUGACCCCAGUUGCUGCAAUACUUCCCAAAAUAAACAGAACAAAGGUUUAUAACAAACUGAAAAUCUGUGACCCUCACAUGAAUGUUUAUCUCAAAGAAGACAUUCCUGCCAGGUUUCAUUACCAACAUAACGAUCGAAUUCAACCUAUUAUUUUGGUUGCUGAUGAAGGCUGGACAAUUGUGCUAAAUAAAUCAUCACCAAAAUUAGGUGACCAUGGUUAUGAUAAUUCUUUGCCUAGUAUGAAUCCGUUUCUAGCUGCCCACGGUCCUGCAUUUCACAAAGGCUACCAGCACAGCACCAUUAACAUUGUGGAUAUUUAUCCAAUGAUGUGCCACAUCCUGGGAUUAAAGCCACAUCCCAAUAAUGGAACCUUUGGUCAUACUAAGUGUUUGUUAGUGGACCAGUGGUGCAUUAAUCUCCCAGAAGCCAUAGGGAUUGUUAUCGGUGCGCUCUUGGUCUUAACCACUCUGACCUGCCUCAUCAUAAUCAUGCAGAAUAGACUCUCUGGACCCCGGCCAUUUUCCCGACUUCAGCUACAAGAUGAUGAUGAUGAUCCUUUAAUUGGGUGACAUGUGCUGGGGUUUAUACAAAGUGGCUGUAAUUAGGACACACCCAAGGAAUGGUGUUACAACUAUGAAAAAGUAUACUUUGAAAGACAAAGAUCUUAGGCCAAGCAUGCUACAAUUAUUUUGUUUUUCCUUGUGUUUUGUUUUGCAGCAUUAGCUAAUAUAAAAAACUCUGACCAUAGAAAAAAUUGCUAGUAAAUCAUUAGUUAACACCAACUGUUUCCCUAACUAGAAAGGUUUUUUUUUUAAGAAAAAUACUGCCUUUGCCUUUUUUUUUUUUUUGCAAUGAAGAUUAGACACAUCUUUAGAUGAAAAUAUGCAAAAAUUUAGUGGGUAUGCUUUUUGAAUAAAUUUUUACAUUUGUAAAUUAUACAACAGAAAUCUUUAUAAAAUGUGUGGAUUUUGUGUAUCAGGAAGGAAAACUUUCUUAUAUUUUUAUAUGUGCCUUUAAUAGAGUUUGUAUCCCAAGUAAACCCUUGAGGUAGGAAAUUCUCUGUGAUGGUUAGUUAAAAUGGAUCAAGCAGGCAGAAAAGAUCUAGCAUUAUGAAGAAAUUAUUUUAAGAAAAACUAUUAUAGAAAACAAGCAAAGACCCUGUGAUACAAAGCCUAAGUCUUCUUCACCAGUGUGUCUUUGUUAAGACCCUUAAGCUAUUGAAGCCUCAAAAGUUAAAUCUUUUGAAGAGUAUUGCUAAGAAGAAAUUAAGAAAAUAGGGAAAAGUGCUUUUCUCACUUUGUAGUCAAUGCCUUUGUGUAAGUUAUUUAAUUGUGUGUAUGUAUGUGCCAGUGUGUUGCAUGUAUGUGUGUACAGACUUUGUGUGACUUAUAGCAGGUGGUGGGAGGUGAAUGGCCUGGGAGCAGCCUCCCAUAUCCCCAUAGAACCCAGCUCUCAGGAAAGGUUAUAAUUGCACUUCACUUUCGUGUACUUUCUUCUAACUCACAGGGUAAAAUCAUAAUUUUUAAAAAUUCGUUAAUUUUUGUUACCAUUUUUAACUUUCUCAUGUUGUUUUUUGUAACCAGAGGUCUCCAGGCGCUGCCGAGAAAUGUAUGACCUGACUACAAAUCUGGUUUUGAUUGGGUCAGAAUGAGGAAAAGAGAUUUUUCUAUUUACCUUUGGGAAUUUUAUGCCUUACUUUUUAGGCUAUAGGGUAGCUAAAUUUAAAAUGGAAUUUAGUAUCUUUUGAUCUUUUACAUGAAUCAUAUGUUAAGUGGCUGAAGAAACUCUCAGGACUCUGUUAACCUUCAGUAGCCUGAAUGCUGCCUCUGCGUUUUUCUCCCAUAUUUGGUUCAUAGAAAUAAUCACUCUGCUCAUAUUUUUUAAAACAUACUUGUUCAGAGUGAAGGAUUUGUUGUGAAUAACUGUUAUCCUAGCUUUGCUAAGUGGUACAUUCUAACAAUCAUAAUUAGUAGGAAGAAACUGAAUUGUGGCAGACGAGAUUCCAUCUGUUAGAGGAAAAAUUGGGUUCAAGAACCAUUCAUCAACAGCUGAGGCAAGCACUUAAUAUUACUAGUGCGAUCUUUAAAGUUUUGACAAUAUAAAAUAAACUAGGGAACUGUUUUACAGAUACAAAGAUAACCUGCAGUAAAUAUGCAGCCCACUUAAAUGUUGAUUAUCUGUGGUGGUCAAGAACAGUGGUGCCAGUCAUCAAACAUAUAAUUCAUCCUGUGGUCAUUGCUGAUCUCCUGAUCCUGGCAUUUGGUGCCUAUUGUACUUGGGGUUCUUGAGAAGCAUUUCUACACCCUGCAUGAAUAGUCCAUGCAUGCAGUCGUAGGUGGCUGUAUUAAGAACAGCAUAAUAAACAAAUAAAACCACCAGGACUCAUUUUGCUUUUUGACAGAUUUUAUUUCUGAUGUUUUUGCCUCACAUAAAAGUUAUCCUAAAGGUUAAUAGUUGAUCUGAACAAAAUAAUAGAAUAAUUUCUUUCUACUUCCAUUUCCAUUAAAAAAAAAAAGACAGGAGAACAGUCACAUUUAAAGCAGUGAGCAUUUUUUUGAAAUGUCUAAAAUACUAAUUGAGGAGAGCUUGGUCUUUGCAGUGGUGUGAGCUUUAGUGGUUGUACUGGCUUGAUUGGCAGUUAUGAGUUUCAGAAAUCGGUCCAUAGCAUCCAUCCUGUGAGUGGAUUUUACGGAGGAUGGAAUAGGAAGGGAUGCCCCAUCAGUGUCUCAGCCGUUUGAACAAAAGACCUAUUUGUCUUGUUCUUUAUUUCAUUCUCAAAAUACUAACUUGAAUUAAAAUUGUAAAUGUUUGGGCUUCCCUGGUGGCGCAGUGGUUGAGAGUCCGCCUGCCGAUGCAGGGGACAUGGGUUCGUGCCCCGGUCCAGGAAGAUCCCACAUGCCGCGGAGCGGCUGGGCCCGUGAGCCAUGGCCACUUGAGCCUGCGCGUCUGGAGCCUGUGCUCCGCAACGGGAGAGGCCACAACAGUGAGAGGCCCGCGUACCGCAAAAAAAAAAAAAAAUUGUAAAUGUUUUAUGUAUAUGUUGAUGGGACAAGAAGAGUAUUUAAUCAAAGAGAUGUUUAUAUAUUAUUAUAUUGAACUUAUGUUAAUUCAGUUGUAUCUUUAAAAAUGAUCACUUAAAGCCAAUGACUCCUCUAGUACACUGAGAAAAUAUUUCAGUAAAGCCAGCCUUUUUCACUUGGUGUGUAUUUUGUUAAAUAAUUGACUAAUAUGCUUCUGUGUUUUCUGGGUGGUAGAAAGUAUUUGGCUCCAGGAAGGAUUUAACUGUUUAUGACAAUACUCAAAGGUAAUAGGAAAACUUUUUAGUAAGUUUGUUAAUUCAGUGAGUGAAUUCAGAAUAAGUACAUUUACUUAUGUAAAUGUAGGGACAGUUCUGCUGCUAUUAUUAAUGUGCAAGUUCUUCUGGUAAACAGCAAUAGAAUAAAAAUUACUUCAGUCCUCUGUACCACUGGUUUUGUGUUAUUGUUCCAUUAAGCUUGGUAUAUGAAUUGAAAGAUACUUGGAACAUUAAAGGAUUAAAAAAACCUUUGCCUUGUUCUUGGGUAUUUCCUUCUCUUGCCCGUAUCUGGUAAGCUUUAAGGAUAAUUGCAUUUAAUACCUUUUAUUUGGAGGUUUUUACUUCAUUGUGAGUAUAUAAAGCUACAAAUGAAGGACAAAGAUGAGAUGGGAAAUGUGUAUUUAUUGUAAAUUCCUAAAAUACUAUGUAAAUAAAUGACAUGAGUGUGCUUUAAAGAAAUUUGUGUGUAGUGCCUUAAGUUAAAUAUAUUUUGACCAUAUUGUUUGAAUUCAUAGU